UUCAGUCUGACAGCAGCCACUGAGGAGACACGGACUAAUGCAGCCACAAGAAGGACCUCAUUAACAUUUAUUGGAGUAAACACAUUUUCGUCAUCAGGAGGAUUGGCGUCAUUACGAGCCGCGCGCGCAUUCCUCAGCAGGAUUUGCGCAUCUUUAAUUGCAAACUGUUUGCUGCUCUUGGUGUUUUCUGUUUUUUUGUGCAAGAGACAGCGUCAACGGUCAUGCUCGAGCCGCGACCAGCGAAGCGUUUCAUUUGAAAGUCUUCUAUUAAAAAAAGAGAGAAAAAAGAAAGAAAAAGAAUGGACCAGCAGCUCUCCAAACCUGAAUCCAGAAACAUGGACGCAUGUCUCAGACGACUGAAGCAAGAAUUGCAGUCUAUGAAAGAAGCUGGAGAUGGCCUCCACGCUCAGAUGAAUUCAAUGAUGGGAGCCCUCCAAGAACUCAAGCUCCUUCAGGUCCAGACAGCACUAGAAAACCUUGAUAUUUCAGGAAGACCCAUAAACAGAGGAAUCCCACAUCCUGUUCCAACAGCUCCCCCUCAAUCACUAGCUGUACCAGCGUCAGCAUCGAGAAAGGAUCAAGACUCCUGCUUAAGACAAGCCAUGCCAGAGGAGCUUAGUCCAAGUCCAUUGCCAAGUCUGAGGUCGUCCAUGGACAGCAGAAAUUCUUCCAGUAGAGGUGAUCAUACUUCUUCCAGAAACAGAAGCAGCAUUGGAACUUCAUCAUCCUCAGCAUCAUCCAGUCUAGAGACUGAAAGUGAGAGUGAGAGUGAAACAAGUGGAACAAGUGAAAGAAGUGGAAGAGGUGGACGAAAUGCAAGAAGUGAGAACGACCUGGAAUCAAUACCUAAGCGGUGGUCAGGAUAUACUGCUCCUCAGGUAGACUUCUAUGGACCAAUGGUGGGAAACCCUCCACCAGAGCCUUACCCUAAGUCACAGGCUCCUCUUUGUGCACAGGUUUUAGACCUGCCUGGGAUACUGUAUAGCCUCUCCAGAGAAGGUCCUUCCUUGGACAGUGAGUACUCCCAAGACAGCACAGAUGAUACCAGCGAUUGGACAUCUUCACUUAUGAGCCAUUGCCGCAACCGUCAGCCAUUAGUUCUGGGCGACAAUGUAUUUGCAGACCUUGUGGGCAAUUGGCUGGACCUGCCUGAUGUAGAGAAGGAGGAAGGAGGAGAAGAGCAAAUGAGGAAGAGGAGAGAGGAGAGGACAGUUGAGGGUGGUGUGGAUAGACCAGAAACCCCAGCACACCCUCUGCGUCUCAGCCGCUCACAGGAGAUCUGCAGGAAGUUCUCACUUACCACAAACAUCUUCAAGAAGUUCUUGCGCAGUGUCCGUCCAGACAGGGACAAAUUGCUCAAGGAGAGGCCUGGCUGGAUGGCUCCCGAGCUGCCAGAGGACGACCUCUUUAAAAGGCCGAAGAAAGCGGUUCCUAAAUGCUCAAAAGGCAGUUUUUACCUACCCUUCUGGGCAAAUGGACAGCAGGGAAAAGGCAGGCCAUGUCUGCAACUAGCUGAGGCAGAAAGGAGCCACCACCAUCAGCCCUUCCCCCAGUUCCACCAGCAACCAUUCGCAGGGAUUUAUUUAGACAGGAGGCAGCCAGUGACAGGCCUGCAGAAAAUGCAGCCCCUGUUUGAUUACAACACAGCUGUGUGGGUCUAACAGUGAGAUUCGAGCCAAAAAAAACUACUAGUGAUGCCAGAUGGAGUGUGUGACAGGUGCUGGAGGGUUUUGGCUGUGAUGGAAGUGAGCAAAUGGAUGGAUGAAUGAAUGAGAGGUUUGGGUACAAUUAUCUUCCAAAAAAUAACUUAAAGCUUCACACUUACCAUGUUCUUCCUGCAACUGAGAGAUUAUCAGUGCAACUUUUUCUGUCUGACAAUCUGAAAACCUAAACCUUGUUUGCUAUAAGUCUAUGAGAGUGUGCUGCAGCAUGUUUGAGACAGAGUUUUUUCAGGGUUUAUACUGCAAGUUUUGUAUUAUUCAAAUUACGUCCUAUAUGUGCUUGUAUGACUGGAUUGUCUGGUUGACUUAAAAGGCGGUACAUCUUUCUCAGAAUGUCAUCAACAAUGCAGAUCUUUAGGAAAACAUCUACAGACUUUUUCACUCCUUUGCUAAAGAACAUGACUCUCGUAUAUCUCACUUCUUUGCAUCUAAGAAUAGCAACACCAAGCGAUAAGUUGCAUGGUUACACUUUUUAUAACUGAGGCUACCAACAGCUGUUACUGAAGGCACUGCCGCUAAACAGUCCUAAGCUCCCUUUUGUUUUCAAAAGGCUUGGAAAUUCAGGUAUAACUUGACUCAACUCAUUGACUUUGCUCAGGAAAUGUACACCAGAUAAAGCAAUUAGCCACUGCCACAUUUAAGAUUCAAAACAUAGUUUCAUAGAGUCAUGCCUGAUCUUAUCGUGCUCAGAAAGACAUAACAGCAAUAUGUCAAUAUGUCUCCUUUAUAAUCAGUGAUCUUGUGCUUGCUGGUUGAAAAACUUCUUUUAGAUAUGGCUAAUGUUGAAAGUCCCCUUGGGUUGCUACACAAAUAGGGGAGGGGGUAAACAUGGCAUAACCGACUGAGUACUGACUAACUGACAGCCAUCUGGUACCCUGUCAUUAUGUAAAGUAUGUUUGAUUCUUGAGGAAGAUACAGAAAGAGCUUGUUUAUUCCCAAGGUUGUGUAACUGAACUGGAUGAUGUUAAUGGUGUUACAUACUGUAUAUACACAGGUUAAUACAUUACAGGUUUAAAAGUUUAACUAAUUGAAAGUCGCUGAGAUGACCAGCAAUAUGUCAAACUGCAUGAAUUUAAUUCAUUCAAUAAAACAGAGUUUUGUACAUAUUUGUCAUCAACCAAACUGCAGCAAUAAGAAGCAUUUACUGUAAUGUCCCAUUGCAUGAUUUUCAUUAUUCUGUGCAGAUAAAUAUGUCAGAACAACAUUUUUUAAUAAUACAUGUAAACAAUUAUGCUACACUUGUACAGGUGUUUUUUUUUCUCCCCUAUAUCAUAAACAGCUGGUUCAGUGUUUUCUUUUUUAUUACAUGCAGCACAGUAACAGUUGAAAUCAAGCCACAGAUUCUUUCACAAGAUCCCUCAGGAUUAUGUAUGACACCACCCACUUUCACUAAAAACAUUUGCUUUUAAUGGAGGACCAGUUAUGCAAAGACAAUCUGAUACUCUUGGGAAAAAAAAAGAUUUCACUUUACUAAACGUAUUUCCAGGCGACCCAACUCAGCCAGCAGGGAUUAGGCCUCAGAGGCCUUGUGAGUUUCUUGGCCAGUUGAUCCAUAUGGUGUCUCAGUAUUCAGGUCAAUACAUUCUGCACAUUCAGAGAGUCCAACACACACA